UCCUCUCGAUCUCUCCCCCUCAUCCCUGAGUUUGCAACUUCUCUAUCUAAGAUGGAGCGUUCUAUGCGUUUGCUUUCGACUGUUUUUGUUCUGAUGAUGCUUCUCGUAGCCACUGAGAUAUGUCCGAUGGUUGUGGAAGCUAGGACAUGCGAGUCUCAGAGCCACCGCUUCAAGGGAUCAUGCGUCAGGAAGAGCAACUGCGCCGCCGUGUGCCAGACGGAGGGAUUCCACGGUGGACACUGCAGGGGCUUCCGUCGUCGUUGCUUCUGCACCAAGCACUGCUAGUUAUGUAGCUCUAUCUACCCAGUGUGAUCCUAUAUAUAUAUAUAUAUGUGAUGUAGUUGUCUGUCUUUUACUCUACUUGUGUACCUGUAGUAACAAUAACCCAUCGAGGCAUGACUUCUCUGUUCAUUGCUUUUGAUGGUUAUCUUAUGUAAUGUGUCACACUGUCACUGUGGCUAGCUAGCUUUUAUCUUUGUUGAAUCUGGUUUUUAUGAACUUAUUAUAAAUCUAUCCCUUUCUCUGUCUGUCUUUGCAGAUGACGCACAAACA